GUAACAAGCGCAUCCGUGCUCAGUCAGUCAGUCGUCGGUUCGACCAGAAUCCGUUCGAACACGUUCUGCUCGCUCGCUCGAAGUAUUCGGUACGUUCGUCCGUGAAGCCAGAAGGUUCGCUUCUUCGUGCGCGUAGUUUUCAGCCCUUCAGCCUGCUGUUGUAGCUGUUGGAGCCAAACAACGAAGUGAGAAUCGAAAGAGGCCAGCGAAAGAGAAAUCCCGAUUUAAGGCUCAAAAGGAUGUAUUCAGUGGUGUUUUGUUGUGUGAACGAAGACCGGCAAUGAUGGGCUUUUGAUGAGGCGAAAGCAGUGUGAUUGUGCGAUAUGAAUGUGUUGCCCGCGGUGCAGCCAAGUGCGGUUUGGCGGUGGCAUAAACAAAGCAUUAGCGCACCUGUUGCAUCAGUUUGAGUCCUGAGUGUGGGAAGGAAGAUGUAGAGAAAUUCUGUGCCCAGGGAGCGUGCUAGUGAGUGUAUUGUUGCAGUGAGAGUUGCAGCUUUAGUGCGGGCUAGCUCAGUCAUCCAUAAGGACCACAUUUGUUGAGCAUAAAAUGGAGGCUCAAGUAGAGUAAUUGAACGUAUUUCGUGUUGUUUGUUUACGGAGCUGCAAUAAUGAGGAACGGAGUACGGUUGAGGUGAGGUGGUAGUGAAGAACUGCGGCAAAUAGAUCGUCGUCUAGUAUGAGUAUGAGCCGGCCAGAAGAGUCCCGUGUAACGUGUUUGGGCGCAACUACACUUUGACGGCCGUAUUGCAACCGGGAACAACUCAUUUCGUAACGAGCCAGCCUCGUUGUGCAUUAUCUUGUUUCUGUUCCUCAGAAAGCAGCGUCAGAAAGAACCUCGCCAGAACGGAACCCAUCCAUUGCAAUGGAUUAAUAAGGGAAGUUGUCGGACCGUACACUCCAUCGAAGGAGCUGUUCCCAUGGGGUGGUCAAAUGGAAUUACGGCUCUGAAAUCAGUGUCUCAGCAGUAGCGGCAGCAGACACCAGAGUCAUAACUAUUGUCGUAUCUCUAGACAACAGUUCCGGCUUCCAUCGUCCAUCGACUGACUGCUCCAGGGUGAGAGGGAAAGAGAGUGGGAAGGCGCGUGAGUGAGAGAUUGACGUAAUUGCAGACGCCAUGAUGCCGUCGGUUGAGAACGAAACGUCCCUCAGCUGGGGCGGUGGUUGGGACUCGCCCGACUACUUCCGGCUGUUUGGCGAGAGCGUCUACAAUGACACCGUUCUGGAUGUGCGGGUACCACCGGACACCGCACCGCCACCAACCGUGCGCAUCCCAUCGGUGGCUGCUAGCAACGCGACCACCAAUGCGGCGACCACCAACGAUACCGACCAGUACUACGCCGAUGAUCCGGCACCGUACAACGAUUCACUGGAAUCGCCCAUCGGCGACGGUACUGGGUCGCGGGGCAGCGUUUUCGAGCUGCUAGCCGAGGAUAUAGGGGCCAUUUUCUACAACGCCAACGGUACGUACGGCAACGAUACGGCGGGCCUGGCCGUCAACUGUUCCCUCACCAACACGACGUGCAUCGGACCAACGGAAGUGAAAGAGUAUCACUACUGGUGCCUGAUACUUGUGCUGUUCCCGAUCCUGACGCUGUUUGGUAAUGUGCUGGUGAUAUUGGCUGUUUGCCGCGAACGAACCUUACAGACAGUGACCAAUUAUUUUAUAGUGUCGUUGGCAAUAGCCGAUCUGCUAGUGGCCGUGGUCGUGAUGCCGUUUGCCGUGUACGUGUUGGUGAAUGGUGCAUGGACGUUGCCAAAUUUUGCUUGUGAUUUCUACAUAGCUAUGGAUGUGAUAUGCUCAACUUCGUCUAUAUUUAAUUUAGUUGCAAUAUCGAUAGACAGAUACAUCGCGGUAACACAACCAAUCAAGUACGCGAAGCAUAAAAACAGCCGCCGGGUGUGUCUGACGAUCCUGCUCGUGUGGGCAAUAUCGGCCGCGAUCGGAUCACCGAUAGUGCUGGGACUGAACAACACGCAGGACCGAUCGCCCGACCUCUGCGUGUUCUACAAUACCGAUUUUAUAGUGUACUCGUCCCUAACUAGCUUUUAUAUCCCGUGUAUCAUAAUGGUCUUUUUAUACUGGAAUAUUUUUAAGGCAUUGCGAACGCGAGCGAAAAAGCAACGAGCCGCCCGGAAGCCGCACCUCUCGGAGAUCACUGCCGGGGGCAGCAUCAUCGAGAACAUUGCUCAAACAAAGCGCCUAGCGGAAACGCAACUAGACGGCAGCACGCGAAGCGGCUCCAAGAUCCUUCCGGACGAGGAGCGGCCCACCAACACGGCUUCCGGUUCGAACGAGGAAGACGACGAGAAUGCCGGGUCCCCUGACAUUGACGACUGUCAUGUGAUUGUGAACGAUAAAUCAACUGAAUUUAUGUUGGCGACCGUCGUGGAGGAGGCGGGAAACAAAAGCUUCUCGACGUCUACUUUUAGCGUGGUGGCACAGAUCGCGACAACGCAACAGGUACCGUCCGACCCGAACGGGAACCAUGACUCGGGCUAUGCUCCAUCCAGCAUCGCCGAUGCCCUGGCAGUGAAUGCAACCCCACCGGAAAGCCUCAACGUGACCGCCACGGUGAUUGUAAAUAAAAGUGCAACCCUCCGGAGUCGGAACGGUUCGCCGAGGAAGGAAGCAAGUGUUACCUUAAAACCCCUAUCGUUAGUUAGAUGCGGAGUUCAACAGGCCCUGUCACUCAAUCGGAACGAUUCCACCCUAUCAACGAACUCUCGGGACAGUUCCAGGAAGGACAAAAAGAAUACCCAGGCAUCCAGGUUCACAAUCUACAAAGUGAAUAAAGCGUCGAAAAAGAAGCGAGAAAAGUCGUCAGCCAAGAAGGAACGAAAAGCGACCAAAACGUUAGCGAUAGUCUUAGGUGUGUUUCUAUUUUGCUGGGUGCCGUUCUUUACCUGCAACAUCAUGGAUGCGAUGUGCGCGAAGCUGGACAAGGACUGCCGGCCGGGAGUCACGAUAUUCAACCUCACCACGUGGCUCGGCUACAUGAACAGCUUCGUCAACCCCGUCAUCUACACCAUCUUCAAUCCCGAGUUCCGGAAAGCGUUUAAAAAGAUCAUGCACAUCGAGUGAGUGGGACGCAUCGGACCGGGAGCCCGUGCCGGCGACCGGGACGAUGACGAGCCGGACCGGGGCAACGGAUGCAGCGUGGCGGUGCCGGAACCAGCAGCCCGACGCAACGCCUCCCAGCGGCGCAAUGUCACCUGGAGCUAGCCAGAAGCCACCGUCGAGCGCAGACAGCCGGCCAAACGGCGUUCCGACGAACCCGACCCGGCCUGCGUCGACGGUGGACAAACGGUGGAUGGGGAUGAGAAGAAAGCAGCGGCCUCCCCGGAACCCUCGACAAGCCGCUGUCAGGUGAGAGCUAAGACAAACAGACAGAAGCAAGUGAAUGGUAGGGGACCAUUUUAUUUAUUUGUUGCAAACCACCGCCGUGCGGUAGAGAAUUCUCCCGAGCUGGAUCGAAGUCCGGUUGUGGUGUAGUACGGACGGGAUGAAAUUGUACGUGUCGUUCAAGGAACUGGAUUCCUAGGGCGAGCCAAAGGGCUAAACAAAUCUUACAAAAGCUUCCGACGAUUGUGGGCCGCAGUGCUCCAGCUGCUCCGUUUCCCAUCCGGAACCGGUGGGACAAACAUAUCGACAUCUCAACAUCUCACCACUCACCACGCCCAGCUGUGGCACAAUAAAUCCUUCAAUUUCAUCGUGUGAUCAACCGGAAGGAUAACCUUCCACAGUAUCUUCUUCUGUACUCGCCGCGCGUAUGUACACACAGCAUAUUACCGGAGUGGAUUGUUUUUAAGUUUCAUUUCAUCAGCCCCAGUUCGAUUCGUACUCAUCGUUUCCUUGUUGAGUUUCGAAGCAUCCACUGGCAUCUCUCGUCCUGAUCGUUGUUCCUAGACUCCACAGACAAAACAAAACAACCAAUCAUCUGCACCCUGCAGCCGCAAGGAUAUACAUAUAUGAUGAAACUUUCUCAUGGAUAGCAAUCGCACUGUACCGCUCGUGUGCAGCGUCGCUCGUAUUCGUCAGCAGUAGUAGAGACUAGACUAGAGCCCGGAGUAAGGAAAGCGAGUCCUUUGCUCAACGAGAUUCAGCAGUAUAGAUAAGUGGUUCGGUAUCGAACGUCUGUGCCAAAUGCCAACACACACACACACACACACACACACACCGGGCCAGGGACAGUUGAGGUGAAGUAAUUUAAAGCAAAACCCCGCAACGAGCGGUACUGUACAGGUAUACCUACCCUUUUAGCAAUGUAUCAUUCUCGUCCAAAAUGUGAAAACGGCAACGACAAGAAUAAUGUAUGUAACUGCUACUGCUGGUGUGAAGUCCACAUCCGCAUCUCGGACAUCCAAUAGCCAACAGCGUACUCGGGCGUAGAAUCAACUAAUAGAAAUAGCUAUCAAGUCGAUGUACAAAAAGAAUAAUCCAAACACGCGCAAGAGAAAACUAAUCAACCAAUGCUCACCGAAAGCUGCACCAGGGGUGUAUGGGACCGGUGUUGUACUGUCCGCCGGUGGUAAGUUAACGCCUCGUACGCAUGUUUCUAUGUAGAAUGUAAUGUAGUGAUUAUGUAGUGUCGACUGUUUUUAGCGACCUGUUUUAUUCCACUUUUUCGCCGCUUCUCCAAACCGCGCGAAACACGCGAACAAACGAACGAACGAACGAACGCUUGUACAUAUCGGGUGCACGGUAGAGGAUCGGUUCAUAACUCACCUGCUCAGUGCAGGUCUGCAAAAAAUUAUGUAUACACAGAAACAAAACCCAACCAAACGACAACGAUAUAGAGCUCGUUUUUUUCUCCGCCCAGCUUUAUUUUCCCUUCAACAACAACUUCAGAAUGCGCUUUUGUUUAGUGUAACAGCGGAAUGCAUUUGAACCAACUGAAAAGCGAAAUCUAGAGAGAAAGAGAGAGAGAAGGAGGAAGCCAGCCAAGGUUUUCCGUUGCUCUCUUGCAAAAGCACGAAACCUUAAAACCCAAAACCUACAAAUCAAACGCAAACCAAAGCAAAGUGAAAGACAAAAAAUUGAGAUUAGUGUUUAGGCGUGGCAAACGGAACCAAGCAUCUGAGCGCGACCUGUCUCGCUGCGUGCGACGCCUCGUAGCGUGGCAUACGCGAGCGCAGGGAUCCCGGAUGCCGCUUGUCACUAGUAAUGUGUAAAUGCUAAGUAUAUUUAAUAAUGCUCACUCACACACACGAACAAAGCAUCACACUCACAUACACAAAAGCUCUCCAGCCGCAUGGGUCCGAAGCGGGAGCCAGCUGGAGCAGCUAUUCGGGGACUCUUUACAAAUUAGUAGCCUAGUGUAAGUAGAAGCGAAAAUAGCAGUAGUUGAGCCUGGUCGAGGAAAAUAACACUAAAAGGAUGAAGGAUCACUUUAGGAUAACUGCAACAUGAAAGCCUUUAGCAAAAGAUGUGGAGGCACUGUUUCUAGUACAUAUGUAAGCGCUACAUUCUGCUCCGCAUACAGAUCCGCACACAAACACACCGGUUAAGAUAAAUCGGAAAAGGAGCGAAAGGAGGAUUUUAAGCUCAGUACAAAUUAUUCAAUAAACUUGACACGAAAGUCAAGCUAAAGUUUUACAGCAACAUCCGCCAGGGUGUGUUUGUGAUGCGGCGUAAUCAUGAGAUCGCUUGUGUCGCAUAGUCGAUCAUUCCCUUAGUCCUCUCCAAAACAAAUCUUUCGAUCGAUCGAUAGCCAGGUAGGAUAGGCCUGCUAAUGUCCUAUUCAUAUAGUGCAGGCUAAUGAAAUGUAAAUAUUGCUGUUAAACUUUCGGUUUAAAGCCACUCGGCUUGGUUGUUUACGUUUCAUCUCCGUUUUAAUAGUUUAAUGAACUGUUACAGUUGAACACAUGUUUAAAGACUGUCCUAUUGGAAUUUGUAGCUAUUACGUAUUCGCUCAAGGAUGUAAGGAUCGAGGCAAGAGAAGAAACCUUUAAUUUUAUGUCCGAUAUUGGCUACUGUAAAUUAAUUUUAACAGGGUUACGAUUCAUAUAAUUGAGAUGUUGAAUCACUUAGGGGAACAUCGAAAGCAUCCUUAUUGGUGUCUCCCAACUUUACACAAGGUUUGAUACAUUCCCUAAGAAGUGAUUCAACAAAUCCACCAUAUGGAUCGAAUCGCUGUAAGUUUUAUAAGUGCAUGCAGCAUACUUGGAAGGCGAUCGAUAAAUCAAUGGCUUUAAUGUCACAUCACUCAGCCAUAGAUAGACUUCACUCCAUUGCAAAAAGAUCGUGUAACAAACUGCCCAUUAAAGGAUUUAUUGAUUUUUUGAAAACCGUAAAUUCCACCAAAUGUCAAACCCAUCACAGCAUCGUAACGUUCCUCCCCCUAAAUCUUUUCAAUUAGCGUGCGGUCAUUUCAUUGUGUAUCUCUUUCAUUAUGCUUUACACUCUCCCCCUAUUUCUCUCCAACUGACAUUGGAAGUUUUGGGGAAAAAUGUGACAAAAAAUUUGAUAAACCAACAACGACUUCCGGGAAAACCGGUGAAACCCGUGCCUGAUAGUACACCACGGCAUCCUGGUUACGGUCAAUCAGAUCGCCCGAUCUGAAGGAUGUACAACCCUUGACCUUAUCCCGGUCAUCCCAUCGAACCAGGAAAAGUUAGCUUGCUGUUGAUAAAUUCUUUUCAGAAUUCAGUUUCGCCCGUUCGCUCGCCCGCUCACUCGCUGUCUGUUUUUUGCCUCCCUCGGAUGGCUUUUCGAUUCGCGAGAGAUCGGUCGCUGUUGUUUCGGUUUCGGACUUUCUUCGAAUUGGUUGCGGUUGUUUUCGUUUGGUCAAAUUAAUUUGUCAUCCUGUGGGCUCAGUGGGCCUGACCGGUGUCGCAUUUGAAGGCACAAACAAAAUGUUGUUUGCAGUCUAAAAAAAACGAACCUUUCCUAUCUCGUGCUAAUCUGACCCUCUGGCUGCGGAAAAAUAGCGGGCAAAAAAUAAGCUUUCGUAUUCAUGGGGUACCAAACGGGUCUCUAGGCUGUGGAUGAGCCACCAGCAAACAGGCACGAGCAGAGGCAUCCUAAUGCAAUGAAGAAAGCAAAACGCAGGGAAAAAGAGCACAAGGCACAACCAUUAAUUCGGCAACUCGGCCACCGGCACGCUGUUUCUCAACCUCCAAGCGUGAAUUUUGACUUUUUACGAAGGUUUUUCCCAAGGCAUUUUUUGUCGUUGUUUUCGUUGCAAAAAUUUGAUAUUUCAUUAUGACCGUUGCGAGACUGUGCAAGGGACACAGAAGAUUGUCACCUCCCUUUCCCAGGUAAAGGGAGAGUCCCGAUUCUUUGGGAUGGAUACCAGAACCUUCUUCUGGAGUGGAGACUACACAAGCAUCCACCCAAAGAAAUGGGACAACUAACUCGGAGAAAAAAAAAAUGCGCCACAAAACUUUCCGGCAGGGAUUUUAAUUUCUGAACGCAUUAAUCACCUGUCAACGUCCAAUGUCCGGUGUCCGGUGUUCUUUUCCAGAAAGCAGUUACUUUCAACUGGACGACUUGUGUUGGCGCAUUUUUUUAUCUUUUUCCUUAACGUUACUCACAACUCUCUCGCCAACCAUUUUGUCUCUUCCAACCCAAAAUAUUGUGUCCGAUUUUAGGUGUGUGUUGAAUGGUUUUUCUCGGUUCGCAAGAUAACAAAGUUGCAGAAAAAGAAUGUAUCUCACGAAGGGACUUGCUCCAAAGGAGAUGAGACCAGGGCUCAAAAAAAAACUUGCAAGACAACCUUCGUCACCGUUGCAGAGAAGUUAAAGAAGACACAGGCACUCGCGCACAAACACCGCCAUACACAAUAACACAAUCAAAAUCUGGAUAUCUGAAAGAAUCCGCGCCAGUAAAGUUUUUAUUGUCAAUGGCCCGGUGCGGACAACGUUUCAAAUUUAUAUUCUCUCCAUAGGGCGGACAUUUCCUUCUUCUUUUUUCCAACCCCCGUCUUGGAGUUGCUUCCUCUUUUCUGGUGAGGAAUGGUUCAUCUUUCCGUCUUACAGCUCCUUCCAACGCUCUCAACUCUGCCUCGAAUCCUCCCAGUAACUGUGUUACUUUCAGUCACGUAAAAGGCAUUACUUCAAUGUUCCGCUCUCUCUGUGUGGGCUUCACUGUCAGGAAAAAAUAAGAGAAAAACAAUUUUUUAAUGCUAUCUUUGGUUCUUCUGGGAAGAAAAAAAAGGCCGCUCGAUGAAGUGUAACUACAGCCGUAGCGAAAUGUCCAACUGACAUAGGAAAAGGAAGCAGACAUAUUUUUAGCCACCAAAUGAUUCCGGUUCACUGUGCACUAUUUGCGAAUCGAUAGAGAAACUUUGUGGAAACACAAAUUUGGAACACGCAAAAUGAAUGUUUUCCUUGCAGAGGCACGCAAAUGAGCAGCUCAAAACAUUACUCAAACAUGGAAGAAAAUUAAGGAUUCCAUAUUGGAUAUCCACAGCGACAGUUCAUUCGCAUUCCAUCGCAUUGCAUGACUCGAAUCAAUAAAUCAAGACCGCGGUCCAAGAAAAAACCGUUUUCGUAAAUUGCUCAACGCUCUUCUCCUAAUCAAUUUCAGCCGUUUAAACCCUUUUACUCAUUAAAAAUUACACGAUCAAAACACUCUUCCCUGGAGGCGGCUCUGGUGGUCUAACGGCUGGAAGUUCACAGACGAUCCACCAUCAACAAACUCAUAAAUAUCGCAGACAAACAAACGAUUCAUCAAAAGCGUUUUAACUGUGUGCAUCGUUUGAACGUGGGCUCAAACUUUUAGUGCGGCGAGAACUCGCUAUUCCCCGCAUUUGAGCUGGUGUCUCGUGGUUUGGGGAAGUGGUUAAGUUUUCUUUCAUAAAACCACCAGCUUGAUGAAGCUUUGUUUUUCUUUUAGCUAGCAAAGAGGUGCGAAGUGGAAGUUUAUUUUGUUUCGACUCCAUUCUCUGCCGUGCGACUUUACUGGGCUGGAGUUGAUUAAUGAGAGGUGUAAAAAUUUAAUCUAAAACUCACCACACACUCGCAUCCAGCCAUGAUCCACAUGCGGCUUAACAUGCGAUGGUCGUUAAAUCGUCCCAAAAACGGUUGGAUGAUUGAGUUUAAUGCACCCGAUGACAGCUGCUCCAUUCACGCGAAACCCUGGUCCCUGGAACUGACACCAGCAGCGUCGCCGCUCCCUUCUGCGUGGAUACGUGGAUUAGAUUUGACACUCAAACAAUAACCACCCUCCACGUGUAAGCUGCACUUACACUCACGUGCACUUACCCUCCACGUGCCCCCACAUGGUCCACCCUCGAGAUAGAUGCGAGCGGUUCGAUUCAGUUAAUAGCGUUUGUUUAUCCAGCCGUACGAUUUUAUGCUUCCCUUCUGCUGCACUUACCAGGCCACGAGCCAACGUGCCAAGCCAUCGGGAACGAACGAUGAUAAAGGAGUUUUAGAGAUUUAGAAGGCAUGAAUACACACGCCGCUCGUCUAUCCUUUGGUCCCGGUGCCGGUGCCGGUUAUCAACAUCGCUCGGGUGCAUACCAGCGCUGUCCCUGGCCUGGGGCCCCCGAGGCCAAGGGAUGGGCUGAAACGAAGCGUACGGUUUGCGAUGAAUUUAAUUGCUUUCGUAAUUACAUAAAUGCACAAGCAUCAUUUGCAUGCAGCUAAAGUCCUUCGGACAAGAUGCGCGGGCUCGGGAGACUGGAGCGCACGGUCUAGCAGGGCCAAUUUAGCAGGAGGAUAUGGAAGAUCCACAAUAAUCCGUGCCUCGGAGACGGUCGAGCGAGACGAGGUUGCAGGAUGCUUUCACUUCUCGGAUGAGCGUACACUAUCUUUGCCAGUUCGUUUACACCCAUCGCACUAUCUCGCAUACCUAUCCGAUCGGGGCUUACCUGUAAACCGGUGGCCAUCGAGUUCACCCGGUUGAAACCACCGGAAAGACGCAAACAAACUUGAACGAUCCCUUGUGGAUGCAACGAACGGGACGGCAAGCUUCGCGGAAUGACAAGACAAAUGAAGGAAAGCUGUUUACUGCUGCUCGCUCUGUUGUGUUGUCAGUAUUCGUGUAGCUAAACUGGUCGUUUGCUAGGCUAGUCUAGACACCAGCAGUGCAGUGCAAUUUGUGCUGUGCUGAACGAGUGUUAAAACUUAAGCGAUUAUUAAUCGAAACCUUUCAUCGCCCGGGGAGGUUGUUGUUGCCGAUGGUGCCUGGAACUUGGUUUUGAUUUGUUUGGUUUCAAUUUAACAAUUAGCACCAUUUCAAUGUAUCUGCCGGUGAGCUGUGGAACGGAGAGAUCAACACUUUUAAUAUCGUAUGAUUUGGCAAGUCCUGUAUCUUCAUAAUUAAACAAGGUAACAAAUAUCAACACAUUGAGAAAUUACCAUCAGAUCGAUUAUAUAUCAACUAUUGGAAAUGUGAGUGGUCUUCAAAGUAACUUCACGCAUUUAACUAUCUUUUGAGGACAAUCUUCAACAACGCUCUCACUUGGAUCGCAGUCUUUAUGUGCUGAGAAAGCGUUUAACAGCUAUUCAAAUGCCUAAGAACAUAGGCAAAAAGACAGCAUCAUGAUGAAAAGAAACAGAACUCCACGCCUUAAAAACAAUCGCCCAAGUAUCGUGAACUUAGGGAUUUUCAGCGGGCAAAUUAGCAGAAGGAUUCAUAGGAUGGUUUCAAUGUGCAAAGUUGAAUUGCAUCGCGACUAGAACAUUUAUUUUAUUUUAUUUUUAUUCAUAAAGAACGGCCUGGCCGUAUUGCUGACUAGAACAUUGUAAAUGUCAUGAAUUCGAUGAAUGUUAGCAAUUGAAACGCUCUUUGAGAGACCGGAUCUUCCUUUGCCGAACUCCACUCGCAACCAAAAGAUGUCAAAGUAGUGAUGCCCAUGCGUCGUAUGCAGGUCCGACAUUAGUCUAGACAUUCUGCGAAUGAACGCUCAACCUACAGCGAUCAAGUGAAACCUACGACACAGGAAUACCUAUGGUAAGAUGGAAUGCAGGAACCCUUCGGGCUUACCCUAAUCCCACACGCCUUGGCAUCUGAGCUACCGUAGCUGUUGUGGUGAGUGAAGAUACUUGUAAGAGGGAAUCAAGCUCUCAAAACAGUUGUCCUCGUUUGGCUCUGAUGUCCAUCUUUCCAUUGCUUGAGAUAGGAGCGAUAUUUAGAAUGCGUUUUCAAACAAGGUGAUUAGAAUGUGCGAUAUUUCACAGAAGAAAUAAUUCAAGCUCUUCAUAGAAUUUUAGUGUUUUAAGAGCUUCGGCAGUCUGUGCUGCUUCAAGUGCAGCGAUAGUUUGCUGUGUCUCAAUUCAGUUUUUAAUCAAUUCGAUAACAACACUCGCUGCUCUUCAGUUGGAAUUAACUGCUUAUAAAAAAGGAGAAUUUAUUGUAAGGAUCUGAAGGAGUCCAGAAUAUAAAAUUUUGAACUAGCGGCAUCAAGGGUUGUGUUGGGCAUUGCUCCACAUGAAUUCCGUGUAACCAGACAUGAGCAACUGUUUGCAAAUUAUUGUGCAAUGGACAUGGAUGGCAUCGUAUCUGGACAUAUUUUCUCUUACAUGUUCCAGAAUCAAACAGCAAACAGUAUGAAUGAUUCUAAAAUAAUUAUCGUAAGUUUUUGUGAUUUCAUUUCUGUUUCUACUGUUUUACAUAGUUUUGACGGGGUUCACAAAUACGUUAGUGCCUCAAAACAAAUCUCAACAAAUAGCAGCAAAGUAUUAACAAUUUUUUACCUCAUGCAACACCACCAAUAAGGACCUCAAUACCAGACGUACCAUUGGAGAGCCCUCGCAUAAACAAAAGCAGCUCAUAAAUUUAAUGAAACUUUGAUACGCACGUCAUUAAACGAUAAAUUUCCAAUGACAGUCAUUGAAAAAUCCAUCAAUCUGAUCGUCGCGUCUUCCGUUACCGCCGGAUACGAAACGGAGCCGACACAGUAGACACACGAAGAAAAGCUCUCAUUCUUUUGUUUGCAAUGGAAAACGAAAACUGCGCUAAUAGCAUCCACCCAACACUCAAGCUUCAGGCUGUUCCCACUUUCACGUAGCUGGCACGUAGCACCGAGACAUUUGCUUGGCACGUUGUGAAUGAAAACACCCUUCGACCCGUCCCGAAUCGAAUCGUUCGAACGGUCUAGCUGCUUUGGACCAUCCGUCCCUAUUAGAAAAACUCAUCUUUCUUCAUUAUAAAACAUUAGCUUCAUAAAAUAAAUCAACCCGUGGAGAGAGAAAAGAGAAAAGCGAAGGCAGGCGCUUUUUCGGUUUGGUUCUACACUUUGCUUUUUAUAAAACCUUCCAAUUUUUUUUCUCGCAUACCACCUCGGUUGCAACUGACUAGAGCAAGAAAAGGCACGAAAUGAUUAUCCAAAACAGGCAUUCCUUUUCGAUUUUUCUGCUUGCCCGGUAUUAAAAAGGGCCACACCGAAAUGAAAAGCUCAUUGACGCUCGCCGUAUGCCCUCGUAAAAAAAACACGCACUCAUAUCGCUGUGUUCCGGUCGUUUGGUUUGGUUCGCUUUCCUUGGGUAAUCGUAUUUCACCUAUGUGUAAAGGGUGUAAGGUCACGCGUGUGGGUCGUUUUCAGAUCGCUUGCCAGCAGAUACACAUCGUUAGGUCGGGGCCAACACUUUUCGGAAGGUACGCCAGUGAAAGACAACCACAAACAGAAUGGCGGCUUUGGAAUAGAAAAUUAUACAGAGCAACACAUUGCAGUACGGACUGAUGAUCAAAGCAAAUCUCUAAAUGACACGGUAACAACAACGCCACUGCCAAAAAAACACCCUGCUGCCUAAAAUAUCAUUACAAUGAGCGUGAAAAGAGAACGACAAGAGUGCAACUUUUCACCCUUUUUUCCUAGUGAACUGCUGAGCUGAUCCUCGGAAUCUCUCUCGGUCCGUGUGGUGUGGCUUGAAGCUACAAAACCCGCAGCCUUCCGACUCAGUAAUGAUUGGGUUGUGAAGUCUCGUUUUUUUUCUCGCCCUGCCAUUUUCUUUCGGCUCAUAAAAUCCGAUAAUAACCUCCCGAAAUGAACAAAACCCCUGCUCGACCUUCCACACCGCAACCGGCCUGUAAGCGCCCGACCCUAUUGAACCGCAUUUUAAGCCCUCAUCAAAUAAUACCUCCCCCCAUACACACACACACACUGCCAUGGUUCGCUCGGAACACGGAUGAAGGCUCAUUCGUUUGUUGUUGUUUCACCCCCAUAGCACCGGUACCGUGUGAGACGCGGCGAAAAUAAACGGAUAUCGAUAUUUAAUGGCCGAUAUGAAUCGGUUGGCGUUUAAACUGAUUAUUUCUUUUUAUGAUUACCAUAGUUAAACCGACUAACGGCGCUGGAACGGAACACGAGAUUGACUGCACGUUCGAUCCUCCGAGCUCGACUGACGCCAUGAUGGUGAUGGUGAUGACUGCCGUUACGGGCGUUAUUAUAGGGAGGUGGCAUACCGGGUCAGGUACUCCGAAAGGGAGUCAGGUGGCCUGGGGGAAGGCCGUCGCAAUGCUCGUAAAUAUUGGCUAUUGGCGAAAUGAUUACAAACCGAUAACAAAACGUAUAAUUUGAUGCUAUGCGGCAAACGGGAAACGGGUGUUUUGCAACGAUUCUUGAUUCGUUUGUUGUAGCACUGUGUUUAAUGGCUUAUUUAUUGACCGACUGACACAUAUAUUCUCGUUCUCCGAAUUGUGUUUACGUUUCGCAAAACAAGAGCAUGGAACGAUGAAAAAAAAGCAAACAAUUACGAAACAGUAUAACCUAUGUUUAUUUAUUUUAUUUUAAUGUUUUCAAAACAUUUCUUCACUUCGCGUCCUUGUGACGAAUUCUAUCAACCACCAGGCGCCUCCAUCGGCAUCCAUCGGCGCCGUAUGCCGCAGAUCCAUCUCGCAAAAUAAGUGUUCAUAUUUUCGCAACACACCGCUCUCCAGCGAUACGAAAAACAACUCCCAGUGGAAAUAAAAAAUGCAUCACAAGUUCUAGCGGAGCGAAGGAAAGCUACGUACGUCUUUCGCCACCUAUCAAGCCUAGCUCCACGCAACAUGUGUGAUGAGGAAGCGUAAAUUUCAUGUCAAAAGUGACACCUGAGAGCAUGAGGAAUGGUUUGAUUGGCAGCAAGCGUUUUGGAAUGGGAGUGUUGUUGUGCAAGCUUUAUGAUUUUUUUUUCUUUUUGGAGGCGAAUUCAUAAUGAACCCUAACUGGUCUGGUUUUACUGGAAAACGAUUCAUAACGACUUUCUAAAAAUAGCAGAGCUGCUUGUUUUUUCCCCGUUCAAAAUGCCAGGCUUUCCUUUUUUUCGUUUUAAACUUUUCGUAAAGUUUUGCUGGUCAGUAUCUGGUUUUCUAAAUUUCAAUGUGCUUAACCCAACGAUAUCGGGUAUACAUUUAAUUUAAAAUUUUAAAUCAUUUUCACCAUGGUUGGAUAGGGAUGUUUGCAUCAAAUUCCUCUGCUAGAUAAUUACUCCAACUGAAAUGUUUCAGCGUUAGCAACACUGUUUCUGGUUGAUCAUGAAUUUUUUGAAUAGCAUAAAACCUUUUACAACUAUAUAAAAAGUAUUCAUCUUAAUUGAUUCUAGACAAAAGGGUGUGUCUGCUCAAACAAAUCAAAUGCAGGAUUAAAAUAUGUUUAUCGAUGCACUGAUACUCGGCAUAAGAUAUAUAGUAAUGAGCAAGUCUAUGGAAAAGUUGUUGGAUUACAGUCAAUUUAUUUUUUAAAUGUUUGUUCAAUAACCAAAAACUCAUUUUAUACAUCAGAAAUAAUUUUGUCCAAUUGUUCAGUCAUUUUGCUUAUUGAGGUUUUAUUAAAAUGUGAAGGUCAAAUUAGUAUACUCUUCUGCUUUGCUCUUCUCUCUGCUUCUGCCUCUCAGCAACCGUGAAAGUUCUCUGUCUGCCAUUUCUGUUUUUCCUUGACUUGAUUUCACCCGUAUCUGGGAAGGUUCAUCCUGCGUGCUGAGUCGGUCCGGGCAACUAACAAACAAGAUAUAACAAAUACGAUAUGGAAGCAAAUCAAAUGACUACUUUAAACAGUUUUUGCGAAAGUAUGUGGAAGUCCUUCAUAAUUGUCCUGACGAUUCUGUGUGAAAAAACACUAAAUGGAAACAAAUGUGAUGUCGAACAACUAGCAGUACAUAGCGAAACUGUCACGAUCAAUCAACUUUAUUGGCUAAAUUCCUCAUUGUGAUUUCAAUGUACAAAAUAGCUAUACAUCCUAUUCUUCCCACACAACCUGUUCUUGGCAAUUUUUCUACUCACACCAACUAAUGAGUGUGAACACUGAAACCGUCAGCGUCAGGGGCGUCCUGAUGCGCAAUCAAAGCACAGCAGCGCAAAAUUAUUUCCAUUAUCCUUAUCAUUCCAUUCAACUCCAUCACCAUCCCGUCCCUGGGACGGUUCCUGUGAGGUGGUUUCGUGGACGGGAGGGAAGUUCAAUUAUAGGAUGCCAGCACCGCUUUUACGAUGGUAAUGGUGCAGUACAAUGCAAUCGGAACAGACAGCAAUUAAACAUUACGUCCAAAAGAGAGGACGACAUGAAUGGAAAACCUGUUCGACUACGACACUAUCCCUCUGUCUGGUACCUGGUUGGCACGUGUGGCCGACCGGGCGGACAGAACAGCGGUCACGGGGCGACAAUUCUAAGUGCGAAUCUUGAGUGCACCUUGCAAGUUAGCUGUCAUCAGCACGUUUGCUCAUUCACGUUCUGAAGUUCGCGUGGUUAGGUGACCGACCGUGCACCCCGUGCCUUCACCUUCAAGAUACAAUCUCUCAGCCAUGGACGCCUCUGGCGAUGGGGCAAUUUUUUGUUCCCCUCGCCACCCCUUUCCACUAGCUCUUCCUUCCCCGGAUGCUGACGGGUCCUCACGAAUGCAGAUCACGUACGUUUGAUUUGCUUUUGCAGCAUCGCUUGAGCAUUGGAGCGUGGUUGGAUGUGGCGACUAGCCGUAUGCUGAGGCAUCGCAACAAAUUACACCAUCACCAUGACGAUAUGGCCUUUGGCCAACUUUUCCCCCGUCUAGGAUCCGGAUCCGAUCCCGACUGUCGUGUCGAGCGCAACUGGUGCUUUUCUAGCCAAAACCGAAAACAAAAAGCGACAGCGCAAAAAAACCAACCGCCUCGUAAUCGGGUGCAUCCUGUGGUGUUUUAACAAGCAGAAGCCGACGUCUAUUCUUUGUCACAAUCUGGGGAGGGGGGAGGACCCUCAGUUCUCCCCACACUGAUAUUCUGCAUAUGUAAACGACCGACAAUCUAGCGGGAACACAGCUUUAGCAACUGCAUUCGUUGCACCAGUUGUACGCGGGUUACAGUAAUUCAUCGUUGCUUUUGGUUCGCCGGUCUCCCAAUGCUUCGGUUUCUUCGUUCUACGUUCCACAUCACAUUAUUCUUUCUACUGUAGCGAGAUGCAAUGCAGCCCAUCAUAGAUAAACCAGAGUCAGGAUGAGAUACGUACAUGUUGCGUUUGGAAACCAGGGCCAUGUGCUUACCCGUACCGACCCCGUGCACUGCCCGCCAACCAUAGUUAUUUGCGUCGUGUGCUUUUUUUGGCAGUCCAAGAACAAUCACAAUGAAUGGUUGUGCUGCAGGAAAUAUCCCUAUUUCCGACUCGGGACAAAAAGUGUCGGCAAAGUGAGCUUGAAUAGAGGUUUAACACUACAUGUUUGCCUUUGUACUGGGAUUUUUCAUGCACAAUCUGCGUAAUUUGUGAAACAGCCAGACACUCUUUCCAAUCCGGUAGAGCAGCGAUGAAAGGGUUCUGUGAGAGCAUUAUACUGUUUAACUAUCUGUUUAUUGUAAUGCAAAAAGUGCUUUUCUAAGGAAUCACAUUAUUCUAUUAACAGUGAGUUUAGUUUACGCACUGCGCGAUAAGAAGGCUUAGUGUAAAACUGGCUUUAUUCUAACUUGUAUUGAGCCAAUGAAAUCAAUUCAACUUCUGGUCCACUAGGCGGAGUUGGAUUUACAUUCUCAAAUUUAAAAUAACCAGCCAAGGGAAUUUAUUAUCAAUUAUUAGUUUGCCGUUGAAACCGCUUUGUUGUUUUUUUAUAACUCAUUUAAGUUAUUGAAGAAUAAUUGCUCCAAUUCUGGUGACACCUUGUAAUUGUUUUUAUAAUUUAAUUAUGAUAUCAUUGUUCUUUAAAAUAUCUGUUAUCCUUCCUAUAAGCUGCACCAGCAAACCAGUAUUCCCUGCAGGAAGAAGAAGAGUAGAAAUGACAUAAAUUGCCCACAGGUUCCUUCUGAGAAGCAACGGCGAAAGGAAAUUGCCGCACAGGUGCUUUCUGGGAAGAGACUCGAACCAUGAUCCAAUUUGAUGACCCUCGAAGAAUAUUAGAGCUUGCGUUGAACAGAAAAAGCAAAUCUGCUCUUUUUAAUACGGGUUGACAAGAAAGCGCUUCAUAAUCAGACAAUUCUGAAGCUGGAUUGGUUAUCUGUAUUUUUAAUUUCACCUGAAAAUUUAGUUGAUACGUAACACGGCAAGAGCGUUUUUAAAUCUGAUCCAGACCAUUUCUUCCCAAACUUUUCAUGGCAGCAAUUACUGUUCGAGAAAUAGAAAGACCGAUAACGACUUCUAGUGAAACUCUAAAUAAUUUUUCCAUAGAUGUACCUGUCAUCUACCAAGAAACACACCUAAUUCUGGUUUGACAUCGCUAUUUGAUUGGACAUUUGAAGUCCUUGUGGAAUGUGUCCACCUCUGUGCAUGCAAGAGAAAUGUUGCUUUCUUGGAAUUUAAAGGCAUUCAUUUAUUAUGCACGUGAAUAACGAAAAUAUAUUCGUUCCAGAUAUAGGUAAGAUUGAAAACAGCUACCAGUGUCUGUUUGGUUCGUGAACACAGAAAAAAGUCCCACUGGCAGUGAAAUCGUCCUAUCGUUCGACAUAAAUAACGCGAUUCCCAACCGUGCCGGAAACGGAAGUUUCUCGUUUCCGGAUGUAUCGCUUGCAAAACUCCUCAUCGUUUCGAAAGGUUUCCGAUGUUUUUUGCUCUAGUGCUUGUGUUCUUUUUUCCCCUUUUUGCUUUAGUUCUUUAUUUCUGUGCGCCCUGUUUCCGGAGGGUUUUUGUCGUGCUGGUGGAGUACACAUACAGUCCUCUGCUUGCUGGGAUCUCGAGCCGAAGGAUCACCUAAGGUGCUUUGAAAGCGACUCAAUUCCGUAAAUCAGUUUAGCAGCUUCGAAACACGAGAUGUGGAUGUGUUACCGCGUCGGGAAUUGGCAGGAAGUUAAAUCAACGAUCGGUGGCACCGGCAGCCCGGGCAGCCGGCAAACUGAAGCUACCAUAAGCUCGGAAGAUUUAAGCCGCCACUUCGCCACAGCCUAGUAAUUCUGUUUGCCAUCCAGACAGACACCCACUUUAUUAAACCGUCUCCGAGCGGCAUUGUACUUGUGAUCAUUUUUUUUUCGUCGGAUACUGGAUGUUCAAUAUCGUUUUGUCAAAGUCGGAUUCCAGGUAGCUUUAUCGCCCGGCUUCAAUGCAUCUCAUUUUAUGCAUUCCGUACACGGAUACACCGGACAUAAACAUCUUCUAGCUGGGCAGGGAAGGAUACUGCACCGUUCAAAACCACAGCAAUUAUCUCACAGCCCAUUGUGUAUUCGCGAUUCACGCUUUUCGCAAGCCAUCGCUUCCAACGAACCGUUGUUCACCGAGAAGCAAAUUCUCACCAAAGAAGGGAGCGAGAUUACACUGCACCGCCCCAAAUCUGUUCUCGACUUCAGGUUGGCGAACAAAAAAAAAUAUAAAGAGACGGAAGAAACAGAGCCCGCCCCAGCACACGUACCCAGUAAUUCAAUUCACUGUAAAACGAUGCUUAAAUUGGAUCACCGCCGAGUCAAUGGAGAGCGCAAGCAAAAAAGGAUUCACUUUCUGCGUCGCCCGGGUGGCGACCAGUAAGUUGGUUGGAUUAUUUUCCGUCUUUCUUUCUUGCUCUUCGCUGUUCUAGGUAGACACUCUCGUUGUAAGAUAAAUGACGUUCCUGGUGGUUGGUUGCCAACAUUUUCCAUUUUGUUACAUGAUAUUGAGAGUUUCAGGCUUUUUGCUGCUUCAAUAUUGAAAUUCAUUUACCGCGUUUGAAGAUUAUGUCCUGCUAGGUGAAGGCACCGUUUGAUAAUAUGUCCCCGUCAUAAUUGUGUUUAAUUCUAAUUCGCUUUUUAUUUGUCUUCAUGAUCGUAAGACGAGAGCUUUGACUACCUCUUUUACUGGACUUUACCUUUUACUAUCUUGUGCUUGCUAGAGCUUUUUUAACACAUUUUUUCCACAGUCUCUCGUAUCAUCUUUUCUUCUUGUCUUGUUUUUAUGUUUUC